GAAGCGGAAGUGCGCUCACUGGACUGUCAGAGCCGGCGUGCUGACUGGCGGGUGGUCGCGCACCCGGGGGGCCGGCGGUUUCUUUUCCCUGUUCUGACUCGGGAGCGCUUCCCCUCCGCCGGGCGGGGGUGCGGGGACGCCGCCGCGAGAUGAGCACCAUGUUCGCGGACACGCUGCUCAUCGUGUUCAUCUCGGUGUGCACGGCUCUUCUGGCGGAGGGCAUAACCUGGGUCCUGGUGUAUAGGACGGACAAAUACAAGAGGUUAAAGGCAGAAGUGGAAAAGCAGAGUAAGAAACUGGAAAAGAAGAAGGAAACAAUAACCGAGUCAGCUGGUAGACAACAAAAGAAGAAAAUAGAGAGGCAAGAAGAGAAACUGAAGAAUAACAACAGAGAUCUAUCAAUGGUUCGAAUGAAAUCCAUGUUUGCAAUUGGCUUUUGUUUUACCGCUCUAAUGGGAAUGUUCAAUUCCAUAUUUGAUGGUAGAGUUGUAGCGAAACUUCCUUUCACUCCCCUUUCCUACAUUCAAGGACUUUCCCAUCGGAACCUGCUGGGGGAUGACACAACAGACUGCUCCUUCAUAUUCCUGUAUAUUCUCUGUACUAUGUCAAUUCGACAGAAUAUCCAGAAAAUUCUGGGCCUUGCCCCCUCGCGAGCUGCCACUAAACAGGCAGGUGGAUUUCUUGGGCCUCCACCUCCUUCUGGGAAGUUUUCUUGAAAUCAAGAAGAAUCCUUUAAUUCUUGUUGUUUAUAGAUGUUCAAGACUGUCUGGCAUCUAUUUUAUAGCAAGAACCAUAGGCAGCCUUAGCACUUGGGCCACUUUCUAUUUUUGAGUUUUUUCUCAGCUUUUUGGAUAUCAGUAGAGUGAAAAUGACACCCAAUACAUAUGAUAAUGCUUUGGUUCACAGAUGAAUUGUCUUAAAUAUGUAGAUUGAUUAGUGAGAUUCAGGUGAUGUUUGUGUAAGAAAAACAGCAUCUUUUUUGUUUUGCGUACAUAAAAUGUUUUCUGAGGGACCGACUCUCACGGCUGUGUAUGUGUCACAUACAUGGAAGUCAGCUCUCCAGGAAUGAAUAUUUAGAAAUCUAGAAGAAAAACCUAAGGUUGUGUAACUAAACUUAAUUGGAGCUAUUUGUUGUAUUUUUUAAGCUAAAUAUAUCUCUUGAGAUCAAUAAAACAAAUUUUUAGCUGUUUCAUCCACAAUAUUCUGUUUUGUUUUGCGUAUUUUUUAGUAAUGGGAGCAUAAAGACAAGUGUUGACCAAGAAGGACUCAAAGAAAAGGUUUUUUUCUGUAGUUUUACCAUUCUUGCCUCUUAGGCUCAAAAUCUGGAGUUACAGUAUAGAAAUUGGAAGAUGGAGUAGAAGGGAAAGGAAUGACUCAUGGAGUUUUGAAAAAGGAUCCUCAGCGUCCUCCCUUGGCGCCUCGCGAGGGAGCACGGGGCUCGCGACGCGCCGGGCUGUGGUUGUGUGUGGCUGUCCUGCUCAGCUUCUUGAGUCACGGUGGCCUUCAGGUCCUGCUGUGCUGCAUUGGAAGGAGGAAGGAUGCAUGUACCAUGAUUCUGCCUCAUAACCCAUGAAAUCAGAACUUCUAUGUGGAAUAAUAAACAUAAAUGAGUGUGUGAAAUUUCUCAAUAGUCUCUUAGAUGCGCUCAUUCGACAAGUGAAGAAAAGCACAUGAUACUCAAAGUGGGUUAAACCAUCAACGACCAUGAGGACCAGAUGGCGGUAGAAUCUGUCUUCAGCAUACCAGAGAAAUCAAUACCAAUUUUGAGCCUUAUGCACAGCUCAGUCAAAAUCGGGACAAAAUAAAGACAUUAUCAGACAUGUACAAUCUGAACUAAUUGAAUUAUUAAAGUUUAUAUUUCAGGGGCAAAGGUGAGGACCCA